AUGGCUCCCCGGAUAGAAUUCAACGUCGAGCAGGUUCGCAGCAAGGCGAGAAAGGAUCUGUUGUAUCUCCUCGAAGGUGUUCGCGGGAAGAAGAAUGUUGUUCUAGAUCAAAGCCUCGUCGGGCCAAUCGGGACUAUAGUCAAGGUUGCCGUCCUUCAAGAAUAUGGAGUAGAUAAGUUCUUCAUUCUGGAGAAUGAUAAUGCCGAUACCAGCCAGCGCAAUGUUGUCUUUAUUUCUCGUGGCGAAUGUGGUCGCCAUGCUGAAGCCAUAGCUGCUCAAAUCAAGCGUAUCCAGCGCGAAAGCCAAACCGGGCACGACUUUCACAUAUUCUGGGUCCCUCGCAGAACCCUCGUCUCCGACAAGCUUCUAGAAGAGGCCGGUGUAUUAGGCGAUGCCAACAUUGCGGAACUGCCACUAUCAUUCUUCCCUCUGGAGAAGGAUGUUCUGUCACUCGAGCUCGACGGCUCAUUCCGCGAUCUGUACCUAUCUAAAGACGUUACACCCAACUUCCUUAUGGCCAAAGCCCUUAUGGAGAUUCAAAGAAACCAUGGCCUAUUCCCGCGAGUGAUAGGGAAGGGUGAUAACGCAAAGCGCGUUGCCGACUUGCUUUCUCGUAUGCGCCAAGAGCUUCUUGCUGGUGAAGAUACGCCAGAAGCCAACAAGAUUGGGUUGACGCCUAGCACAACCAACGAGAGCGUAAUUAUCGUCGAUCGUGAAGUUGACUUUGUUACACCCUUGCUCACUCAACUGACAUAUGAGGGGCUCAUUGAUGAAGUCUUCGAGAUCCACAACAACCAGACCAAAGUCGACACAACAGUUGUCGGCGCACCGGCACAGGCCUCGGCUGCAACUUCACAAAGCAGGAAACGAACAAUCCAGCUGGACUCGAGCGACAAGCUUUACGAGCAAUUACGUGACGCCAACUUUGCGAUCGUUGGAAGUCUCCUCAACAAAGUUGCGAGGCGGCUACAGAAGGUGCAAAGCGAUUACGAGAGUAAACACAAAACAAAGACUAUUGCGGAACUCAAAGACUUUGUCAGUCAAUUGCCAGGAUACCAACAAGAACAGCAGAGUGCGAGAAUACACACAGGCCUCGCGGAGGAGAUUAUUAAACAUACCCGGACAGACCAGUUCAAGGGUCUUUUGGAGGUUCAACAAAAUCUCGCCGCUGGGGCUGAUCCGUCAAGCCAGUUCGAUGGCAUUGAAGAAUUGAUCGCGCGAGACGCUCCUAUCGCGCAGACUCUAAGAUUACUGUGUAUUUACUCGUGCAUAUCUGGGGGCAUAAGGCCUAAGGAGUUCGAUCAAUUCAGACGCUUGAUUCUAGAAGGCUACGGCUACCAGCAUCUCCUCACGCUUAGCAACCUAGAGAAACUACAACUCUUUCUGUCCAAGUCGUCGCCCCUGGCUGGCAUGAUCCCUAUCCCAGGCGCCAACGCCGGCCCGACAGGAAGCAAGACGAAUUAUACGUAUCUUCGCAAGCAGCUUCGGCUCAUCGUUGAUGAGGUUCAAGAGGACGAUCCAAACGACAUUUCCUAUGUGUACAGUGGUUAUGCUCCUCUUUCAAUUCGCCUCGUUCAAUGCAUUCUGCAGAAGCAAUAUCUGCUUUCGGUGACUAAAGGAAACAGCGCCAACGCAGCGGGAGCGCCUGCAGGUGUUGGCACGCAAGGAUGGCAAGGGUUUGACGAAGCUGUCAAACACGUUCGAGGGCAGACGUUUUAUGAGCACCAGAAGGGUGAGGAUAAGGCUGUCAAAGCCCGGGCAUUGCUCUCUGGAAGUGGCAACAAGCAGACUGUCUUUGUUGUAUUCGUCGGCGGCAUCACUUUCACCGAGAUUGCUGCUCUAAGGUUUAUUGCAAAGCAAGAAGAAGGACGGAGAAAUAUUGUGAUUUGCACAACGUCGAUCAUCAAUGGAAACAAGAUGAUGGAAUCGGCGAUCGAGAAGGAAUCGUUUGCGAAAGAGAGCGUGCCCGCUUCAACGACCUGA